AGCUGUUGGUCGAUGUACUUUCAUUCCGUACGAAAACGUCGCAAGAAUGUGUUUUAUCACUUGUAUAAACAUCAAUUCCAAUCGAUAAGUGCCGCAGAUUACCAGCACCAGCAGCGCAAAUGUGAAAUUCCAUCAAAUUCGGGCCGCCACGGCGUAUUUACGCAGUGAUAACCUAUGAAUCACUAUCUCAAUAAACUAAUCAGUGUUUUAUCAUCAAAUAACAACAAAUAUAAUGCGUUACAAUUGAUAAACAAGUACAACUAGCAUAGACAGUGUAAAAUCACAUCAAUGCACACACAAGUAUGCAUUAACAACGCAGCAGAAACAAAAGAAACGAUGUUUCAGUGAAAAAGAGUGAAUUGAAGGUCACAAUGGACAACACAACCAUGGCAGGGUUAAAUAUCCCUGAACCCUGGUCAGGGAACACCACAACCAAUGAAAUACUCAAUGAUUUAAUGGACAGCAACUUUUUAAAAUUGCUUGGAAGUCUAUUAUUUGCUUUCGCAUGGGUGAUUUACAUCACCUACUACAACAGCCGCAUCGUUGGUUGCAUCAUAACCAAAAUAAUUAAUAGAUUUCUUAAGGGGAAAGCCUACUUUCAAAUUGGUUCAUUCACACUCAACGCUUUAUCCGGAAAAAUCAUGUUUCGUGAUCUAGUCUACAUCAGUCAUGAUUUCACCGUGCGUAUCCAAGAUGGCUACCUGAUCUUCCGAUGGUGGCGCGCAUACGUACCGAAAGAUGUCUCUGAAGACCUGUCACAUUCCGACACGCGUCUCUCGGUCGUCCUCAAUGGAUUCGAACUGCAUGUGUAUAAUCGCUCGGAUCUCUACGCGCAAAUAGAAAAAAUCUUCGGAUUGGAUCCAGGUAUUUAUCCGGAUAACAAUAAUGAUGAAAAAACGAUGAAUAUCGAGAAUAUGGAGCGGAAUGUCGAAGUGGAAUUGGAUCACGCGGUGCAAACGGAUAAAAAGAAGAGUAAGCAGCGACCGGAAGCCGCCAUGGCGCGAACAUGGCGUGAUUUGAUUCCGGUCAUCAAGAUGGAUAUAAGUUCGUGUCGAUUGGUCUUCGGAAAUCGCUUAGUUCCGAAUACUUUGAGUAUAACUAUCGAGGAGAGUCAUUUUGUGUAUUCUACAAGGCCAGCCGUGAAUACUCUGGAUAGAUUCAUGCAUUUUACGAAGUGUAAAGCGGAGAAUGCUAGGGUUAUGUUAGCGCCAAGCCCGAAAUACACUGGUAUGUUGGAUGAACCGCCGAGAUUCAUGGGUGAAGGCUUCGUGUUGAUGUCCACGAAUGAUCUGGAGCUGUAUUUCUACAUGGAUGAACCUGGUUUAGUUCCUGAAGUUCCCGUAACUGUCACACUCCCCAAUGGCGACGUAGUCGAAUCCAACCCACCACAAUGGGGUGUGGAUAUAAAGUGUGGCAAAGGCACGGAUUUCUCCUACGGCCCAUGGGCGGAUCGCCAACGUGAGCAUUUGUUUAAAUUCUUCUAUCCGCAAGAUUAUCAAGUCAUGCAGGUGACUGAAGCGCCGCGCCCCGGCGAAAAGCGGCAGAUGCAGAGUUUUGACAUUCGGCUGUCAAUGCAGUACGUCGCCACCAUUGACAUUUUGUUCUCGAAGAACAAAGAAACCAACGCGGUGCAUGUCACAGUCGGCGCUGGUAGUUAUCUAGAGAUAACCAUACCGUGGGUGACGCUGCAAGAUGGCUACACAACGAAAAUCAACGGUCAGUUGUUGCAUCUCGAAGGUACGACUAGUUUACAGUAUAGAGAUUUGGUUAUGAGUGAAACAUUGGAGUUUGCUGUGGCUUGUCAUUAUCCACGCGUGUGGAACGAUCAUCAACUAUGGGAGCUUAACUUGACAGGGUGUAAAGCGACGGUGGCGCUGUUGUUCACGCACAAGUGGUUUUUUCAAGACUUUAUUAAUGACUGGUCAUCGAAAGCAAGACCCGAUAUUCUUCAUUUCGUGCCGUAUACAUGGCGUUUCGGGCUGACACUCAAACAUUGUGAGAUUAUGACGUUGAUCAAUCAGUACAACUGGGUGGAUUGCAGCAGUGUGGGGCAGAAACAACGCUUGGAGAAUACACAGAUAGCGCUGUGCGCGCAUUUCAUGCAUCUGAGCUUCGAUCUGCCUUUUGAUGACUUCCUGCCGGAUAUCGUCACGCUUAACUUUAGUAUCCAGGGUGAGAGCAUUGAUUUAUCACUGUUUAUUCCGGAGUAUCAUACUUCGAGGAAUAUUAUCUCGGCGUUGGAGACGCAUGCGAAGAUACGGAAUAAAGAUGGCAGCACCGAGAAGAAAACUGAAGCUAUUCCAAAAUGGCGGAAUGUUUGUCAAACAAGUGCUGGAUGGGUUGAUUUCUGGUGGAUACCCAUAGGUGCCAUUAAUAUAAGCUAUGCUUAUCAUCCUUGCCCACCUGUAGGCCCCGCCCCACAAGCAGAUAUCAGCACACCUGUCAAAGAAGAGAUUUUGUUAUCGCCGAUAAGAUUUCCACAUCAACGCAAACGCAAACAACGAUCACCUGAAGGCGUGCAGCGUUUUGAUCCCACCACACUCAAAGCCGACACUGUUUCGGUGGAAUUAGAAGUCGGGCCUUCUGUGCUCCUUAUUUAUGGCACAGCACUACGCAACUUCUUGAAUUUCAAGGAGAAUAUCUUCGGUGAAGACCAGCAAUUCACCGAUUUGCAAACAGCGUCGCAUGAGCAGAGCACUGUGAGUGCAGCGAGUGAUAAUGCGACGUUUGUUCCGUUGGAGCAACGUGAAGAUUUUGAUCAUAGGACGUAUCGCCCUCUGGAGGUAGAUUUGAAUAUUAUCAUGCAUGAUAUACAGGGACAUCUGUUGAAGAACUGCACGGAGAAGGAUCCCGCGUGUCCGGUGAUACUCGUUGAGAGAUUUGGGUUCGAGAUGAAGAAGCGGUAUGAUCAGACUGAACUGCAGUUGUUGUUGAGUCCGGCGAUUUUGUUGGUUAAUGAUACCGUGGGCAGGGCUUCGAAGGAUAGGCAUUUGAGGCAGGGAAGGUUGACUUUGUCAUCGCUACAGAUUCGUGGACAUGCGAUGUUCUCCGACAUAGGCCGAUCUCUAGAUCAAGACACAAUCGAACACGCCUGGCUGGUUGAAAUCCAAUUGGGAAAACUAAGCGGGAAAUUAACAACGCCCCAGUUGUAUUCCCUCCUCGCAUGUCUGGAAACCCUCUUCCUGUUGAUUUGUGACGCUGAGAAUGAAUUGAAUUCGCCGCCGGAGGAUGCGCUGCUCUCGGAGCCGCAGAUUCAGACGAAUACGUCGACGCCGUUCACUCUGCCCAUGGCGUUCCAGCAGAUUAUCCUGCAGGCGAAGAGUAGUAAUACUAGUAGUACUAUUAGUAAGGCUACUGGCAGUAAGGAGAAAGAAAAGGAGAAGGAGAAGAAGAAGGAGGAGAAGGAGCGCAAGGAAAAGAAGGGUUUGACGGAGAACAAUCCGAUUGAGGAGAUCAACGAGCGGUCGCAUCAGUUGAAGUAUAAGUUUACCAGGGUGGCGAUCGAUGCAAUUGAUUUCUGGUUGGUGGAGAGUGGGGCGGCGCUGCAAUUAUGGAUAUCACCGAUUCGAUUGUCCACCUGCAAUCUGCACGGUAAACAAGUCGGUUCAGGAUUAACCUGCGUUAUCUACGGUACCUCACUACGACAAUGUGUCUGGCAGCCACAAAAAUACAACCAUUCAAAAUCAAACAGCGACGAUUUAUGGCUGGAAGUCGGUUCCGUAGACUUCGCACCUCUGGUAAUCGAAGCAGCAAUGUGCUCGGACGACAAAGAAGACACCCAUGCAUUACAACAGAAAUUCCUCAAAACCCACGACGAGAAACUCAAAAAACUCUGGUUCCUAUGGCCGGAAUUAAACAAAUCCGCCGGGAAUUGCGGAUGUACAGGUGGUUGCCUAUUCUUCGGCGACAACACCAACGGAAAACGCUUCUUUAAACCCAGUUAUCGAGAUCUAGACGAAGGAACAAACAUCGCAGCUUUCCGCGUGAAUGAACCAGGGGCAGACCCAGCGUAUGGUCAAAGCAUCCUCCAUGAAGGCAUGCUGAUAUUCAGAACAACGCCAUACAUCGUAAACGAAAUCAGUUUACAAGAUACAGAAAAAAGUGCGAGAUUAUUUCUAAUGGGAAAUAAUAUCAAUAGUAAUGGGAAUAAUUCAGUCGAUAGAAGAAAACUGACUGAUAAAGAUAGAGAUAAUAAUAAAGAUAAAGACCAAGAGAAGUUUAAUACACUUCCAAGCACAACCGAUCGAAAAUCCGUGGAUGGAAGCAGUGCAAGUCCUCAGAGUCUAACAGAAAGAAAAAACAGUCGGAGAUAUUCAAGUACUUCGAUUAGAAGCGUGAGAAAAGACGUGCCAUAUGCACGUUUGGUUGACCCUAAACUAGAUAGUGAUUCAAAGUUGCAUAAAUCAACAGAUAAGAGUAAAUUACUCGUUGGGUCUGAGAAUCCUGAUGAGCCAGGACCAAAAAACUCAGCUUCUGAUUCUAAACUUGCUGUUGAUUAUUUUUCACCGGCUAUAACACAAAAAACAAAUGAAAACAUAAACAUAAACACAAACAUAAAUCGUGUUGAUUCAUCAGACUCACAACAUUCAUUAGGAAGAAUACUCUCUGAUGAACAACUGAAAGCAGCUGAAGUCCAACGGACGAUUUCAAUGUCUUCGGAGAAUCAUUCCGAAGCUUUCUUCUCUGCAGAUGAAGAUAUGAACAUCAACUCGAGGAGUUCCAGUCUGCGUAAUUCUGUACUCUCAUCGAAUGGUACUCUUACACGUCAAGAGAGUUCCGAGUCUAAAAACAAAAGAUUCUCGAGUGAGCAGAGUAUAAAUGGACAUCAUAACCUUAAUUUAACCACUGGUGCAGCACAGGUUAAUAAUGGUGGUACUAUGCAGAGUGCGCAUGCGUCAGUUGCGAUACACACACGAUCCUCGCCUUCGGGUAUAGUCGCGCCGUCAUCCGUGCAGUGCACACGCAAACUGUCAACGCAUCGCAGUGAUCAUGAGAUACAUACACCGGAGCAUAGAAGUUUGCCUAUACAAGGUUUGGUCACACCGCAGCGCCAACCCGGGAGUUUGCGGCAUCCGUCACCGCGGUUGGUAGUGAAGGAAUCUACACCGACGAAUUUCGAAGAGGUCGAAGGGUUGCAUGAUGAACAUUCAUCGGAUGGGUAUAGUUCAACGUCGUAUGUCAGCGCUGUGGGCAGUCAAGAGGAUUUCACGCUUGUUGAUCUACACAUGCAGGUGAAUCGGUUGAUAUUGGACUCGCCGAUGUUGAUGUAUUCGUAUGUUACGCAUCUUAAUCAGUUGCGGUGUUUGAAUUGGCCCUCUACAACGGCGGAGAAUACAGAUUCCUUUACCGUGCCGCUGUUUCAAAAGAACGAGGAGGAUAAACUGGUUUAUGUCGGUGGUAGAUUCGUGCCAUUCAUGGAUUCUGUAUCGGAAGGUGUAACUUCGCUGAAAAUGAUUACAAGAAGUGAGAAUCCUUCGGCGCGGACACCGACAGGCACUGUUUUCAACUGGGAUUAUGAAGAGUAUGAUCCGAAUACAGAUUCUAUUCAUGAAGAAGAACUUCUAAGUUCACAAAAUGACGCCGGCGGUCGAACUUCCUUGAUUGUCAAACUCAAAGGUGACCUUGACAUAAUGGUAACACCUCUGUUAUUAGAAUCUCUUCAGAGAUUCGUCGAUGCGCUUACCCCCACCGUGUCUAAUCUACAUCCACUCACUGUAGUCAACCAUUUACACGCGUGUUGUAUCGGGCAGGUAGAAGCGGCGAAUGUGUUAAAAACAACCGAAAACAUCUCAAUGCUUACGAAUCCCUCCGAGGGUGAUGAUAGUAAAGUAUUAGAAAACGGUUGUUAUGAAAAACAAUCAAAACAACUUCAGGCUGCGAUUAUUCUGCCGAAGAUUAACAUAACCAUGCUGCAGGUUUCUAUAGUCGAGGAGAUUAUUUCAUUCUCUGCGCUGGAUAAUAUGAAAGACUUAACCUGUGUGAGUACAUUUUCGGUUUGUUUUGAAAACAUUGCCACGCGGUUCCAUCUUGAUAGUCAAGCGAGAGAAGUCCUGCAGAAAUUUUAUAGACCUUCGGUUGUUUCUAAUGACGGUAAGAAAGGCAAGCGGCCAUUUUUAUCGCUGCAUACCAAUACGAACGCCGAUAUCAUCCGACGCGAGCCGGUGUUCAUCGAGAGUUGUGAGAAACAACAGAAACAGUUGGUAGUUAGUCUUACCAUAGGUAAAACGCAUGCGCAGUUACGUAGAUUACGCAAUGAGUCGUCCAUUUUGGAUGAUGCUGUCAUAACAGCCAUUCCACCUCAUUGUUCGAAAGUAUUGUUUACUAGUAGUAAGUUUAAACCGAGACAUCGUGGUGUUGAUUAUUAUCUACAAGAGGUGGAGCCACCGCCUAAUAUUAAUACAUCUCCAAGGGAUAGAGAUAAAGAUGGUGAUGAUGAUGAAGAUAAACUCGGGUUUAUCAUGUUUGAAUGUGGAUUGGAGGGUAUUUCGUUGAAGUUGGUUAAGAAAAGUUGUGAGGAGCCGAAUAAAGAAGAGGAAUGUGAGGUGGAGGCUACACCCAAGUUGGGUGCGGUACAUACACAUACACAUACACAAUCUGUGAGUGGAAAUGUAGGUGGCGCUGCAAGAGAUCAGGAAACCGGUGAAGUUAAACCUGGAACCAGCACAGCGCAAACGCAAAGUAUGCAAGGUAUGCAGUUGUUACCCACAGCGGGGGCGGCGAAUAAAGAUGGUAGUAAUGUCACCAGCUGUGUGAUUGAGUUGAAAGUUGUGUGGUUUAACUUUGCUGCGCCGCCAAAGACGCCGAUAACAAGGAAAAUUGACUAUACAAGAUUGGAUUGGAAUUUGUUAUCCACCGCUUCACCUGCGAUUAAUGCCUGGAUGAAUCCUAGUAAUCGACUGGCGAUUAGGGUUGUGCAUAUGGUGAGGGCCAUGUAUCGUCGGAGUACUGCUACGAUUGCUUGUCUCAUGACGGAAGCGUUGGAAAUGCCGAGUUUACACGUUGCGAAUAAGAGUCGAUAUGGAAAAUUGACUCCUUUGUCAAAGACACUUCAUGAGGAUCCCAGUUGUAGACUUUGUACGAUUCUACAAAAGUAUUACCUUCAAGCGGAGGCAGGGGUCGUUGAAGGUAAUCUACGAGAAUCUGACCUUCCACAGUUAUUCACCCUUAGACAGGGUGUGAUUGCAUUAAGUCGUCAAUGGAAAUCCCAACUCCACACACCUCUGAUGAACCAACACGACACCAAGAUGCGCGUGAAACCCCUCAACGUAAUGAUGCAGAUGCCCACCGUGGAGGAGGUGUAUCUGACGGACGGCGAAGGCAGCGGUAAUGAAGAUCACGACAUCACCGACGAGCAUGCGCAGCUGUUGUACAAUGGCAUCAGCCUCAAACCCGUGAAGAAUACGAUGGGUAAAGAAUUUUCACCGGUAGAUGUCUCAUCGCCGAAGAUACAGCAUCAACCGCCCGUGGAUCCGACUUUGUCUCCGCCCACAAUGCAAAUGGCGUACUGUAUGGAAAGUGUGGUGACGUCACCAUCCCCACCAGCUGGUGGUGGUGGUGUGGGCGUGGCAACGAAACAUAAACACCGGCGUAGUUUACAUGCGACGCCCGCCGUUGUCGUCCCACCAAGCAGUCGCUCCAGUGUUGUGCUACCCUUGCUCAACGGCGCUAAUCUUUUCAUGCCUAAAAAACCACCCGAGGAGAAUUACUGUUAUGGUACGCUGCGUGAGGAUCGCACUGUGAUUAAUAUGGGUUCUGAUCCGAGUGUGGCGACACAUUCAUCGCCGGAUUUGCCAACGAGUCCGAUUUAUCAGAAACACGAAAAGGAUUCCGGUGAGGAUUUGUAUUCGUGGAUGGCGCGACAGAAUAACGACGGGUUUAUUAAAACUGGUGGUUUAGAGAGUAAAAUUGAUACGCUGCAGACGGAAUCAACCGAAGAAGACCUCAAACCUAACCAAAGUUAUCCUGUCAAUUUGUAUCCCAUUCAGGAUUCGAUUCGCUUUGAAGAUGCAAAUAUUAUCUUUCAGCCUUUGCUGUCCAGUCUAGGGGUGAUGCCGCAGCAGCUGAAAGUUGCCGCUAUGGCUGAAGCAGGGGCACAAACAGAUGUGCCAUCUUUGGACGCACUGGGCUCGAAUUUAUCGCUUGUGGGUAACAUGGAGACAAUGCGGAUUGACAUCGUGGUCUCCGAGCACGGUAAACCGGAAAAGAAGAAGGGAAAAACGAGGAGUAAACGUGUUUUCGUCGAGAUAAACACUGAUGAAUGUCCGGCGUUUGUCUGCGAGAAAAUCUCAGUGGAGAUCGAAAUCGACCGGAUGACGGACAUGGCUGUCAACGACAUGAUAAAAACACGUAAUGUGCUUUACAUCUCAAGAGGACAACUUAAAAAUCACACGAGUACAGUGAUUAACUUUAAUGUCGGUGUGAGAUUUAUCUCUCAACGCGUGAAUAUGCCACUCUUGCGUCUUCUGCAUCAAAUCAGCAAUAUGUACCAGAAUGUCAAGGACACUCAGAACGAGCUGCGCGAACAGCAACCCGUUGACAUCCGCCGGCCGAAAACCAGCGCUAGUGAUCAUCUCGACAUCAAAACCCAUUUGAAUUCAACAUCAGACCUUCAUGAACCUCUAGACUUCACAAAACCCCUGAGUCUAAAAAUCUCCGAUGGUUCCGACAUCAUCUCCCAGAAACCCAUCAUUUCCCCCUCGGCGAGUGUCCGCUCCCGCCCGCAGAGCUUCGCGCAGAAACUCCGCUCCACCGGUAAAAGCGUCAAAGGCUACAUGAACCUCAGCGAAGGAGGCGGCACGCCUGUAACUCUCAGCAGCCCAAGCGGCUCCGCCAUUGAAAACAUCACCAAUGUCACUCUAUCGAGUGAUAAGAGCGUCGGCAGGUGCUGGAAGACCAUGUAUCAUGUCCUCGACCUCUACGCGAAUAUGCCCGACAACAAAACAAUUAAACACAGAUUCUCUGUUGGUGGUACGGACAUCUCCGAGCAUUACAAAGGCAACCGCAAGUAUGACAUCCUCAACGAGAGCAAAACCGACGGUGAUUCAUCCCGGGAAGGCACCAGCAGCAUCCCGGCAUCAACAGGUACAGCGGCUAAUAACGAAAAAGAACGCUACACACCCCUCUUGGAACGCGGCGUAUCCUCUGCGCGUGAGCACACAAAACUCGUCGUGUUCGGCGUGGCGCGUAUCCAUCGCACGAAACUUCUCGCCACACUCAGUGUACUCAAACUGGAAGCAGAGAUUACUUCUCUGCAUGCAUCACUCACAUGCCGGAAGAAAUCCCAGCCGGUUUCGCUGGAAUGUUCGUUAACAGGUCAAGUGGGACGUACGAUGAUCGUCCUCCUAGAGGGCGUUGCCCCAAAUCAACAGACGGUCGUUAAAGUCACCGUUGGUAAAUCACAAACGCUGUUUUCCAGCGUAAGUAAACGCGCAAAGGAUAAAAACAACGGGUUAUUAACAGUAGGUGCGGUUAAUAUUGACAUACCGCAACAUCCGGUCGCGUUGCAUGGUAUGGUCACCAGAGGGAGUAAGCAGUUGAGUUCAACUCUGCAAGAAUUACGCGUUACGCGGACUUCUAGCCGUAUGUCCCGUGGGCAACAGGCUGAGGAGGAACGCCCGGCGUCUCCGAAGAGUCAUAGUCAUAGUCACAUGCAAGCCACGCCCAUGCCUUCCGGUUUCUCGCGGUUUUCGGGUACUAAUCAGGAGAAAUCACUGCUGCAACCGCUCGUUAUGCAGUUUUCGAUUAUCCUGCAGAGUUUGAGUGUAAAUGCGGCGUUGUUGCCGAGUUUACAAGCGCAGUAUAAGAUGGAUCACGUGACUAGCGCUGGUGUGACCGGAAGUAAGGCGAAAUUCACCAUUGAUCUCCCGCAGCAUUCGCUGAGUUUCACUACUAAGUUACAAGUAAGUGAAGCGAAUUUACCAUCAGAGGCUUCGAUAGCCCUGCCGGCUGUGCAUGUAAGCGCUGAGUACAUACCGGAAGGUACGCCUACAGCGCCAUUGCAUGGAUCCGCGCAUGCGCAUGGCUACGAAGGCGUGGUAUUCAUGCAAGGGGGAUAUUUGAACGCACACGCUGAGAUUGGUGUGUUUGAACAUUCACUCACCACGGAUUUGUUGAAUCAUUUAGUGUUUGUUCAGAAAGUUUUCAUGAAAGAGGUUAAUGAGGUUGUGCAGAAGGUAUAUGGUGGGGAGAGACCAGUCGCCAUCUGGGAGGAUCACGAGGAGACAAUGAGUGGUACAUCGAUUUUAUUCUCGUUGGUUAUACAGAUGCAGCGUAUACAAUUGACGGCGACAACUGCGGGUAGCUCUGCAGUGAGGUUAGAAACAGGUGCGGUUGUGUUAGAACUCAGUAAUCGUAUACAAAACGCCAAGAAUGCCACGAAUAGGUUAUUUGGUAAAGCGCAAGUGGAUUUAAACUUAUCCUUAGGACAAUUGAUAAGAAACGCGUUGUUUGAGGAGGCAGAAGCGGAAUAUCAACAGUUUGCGUUUUUCAAUACACGAAUAGGAUGCAGGAAUGCGUUUCAAGAUGAAAUGGUUGAAGGGGAUGAUAAGGAAGUUGUGUUAAUUACACUAAAAAGACCUUUGAUUUAUAUUCAGCCUGUGGCUGUUGAUAAAGCCAUAUUGGUUUGGUUGAAUUACAAGAAUGCGUAUGAUUAUUGGAACGAGAAGAGAGCUAACCUCAAUAAGGAGGUCCUGACAGCUACUCAGCAGGUUUAUGAAAAGUUACAGUUUAGUAACACUGCAUCCAUGAACCCCCCACACCUCUCCAUGCUAUUCCUACAACUUACCGUUGAAGAUAUGGGUAUCUGCUUACCUUUGAACCCGUUACCUUUACCAUGGCACCAGAGGCAAGCUGGGACUAUUUAUGAAGAAUCCCGUGGGGCUGUUGUCAUCACCCUGGAGAACACCUCAAUCUCAGCUUGUAGUUCAGGGUCAUUGGUGAGUAAGGGAAAGUUUUCCAAUUUAUGUCUCCGAUUCGCGGAUGAUUUCGAAACAUCUUUGGAUGAUUGGAAGCCGGAUAUGACCGAUUCCACCAUCAUGAAUUUAUGUGUGGUAUCCGAUGGGACUUAUGAGGUGUGCAGUAGGACCAUUGCGGCGAAACAGAAUGAAAACGCUAAGUGGUUCUUGAGUGUCCAGUGGAAAAUGGAGGGGGUAGAUAUCCAUCUGGAUACUAAUGUGGGUAAACAAUUGAGUUCCCUGGGGCAUACUUUGACUAUGCUGACUGGGUCUGAGGAUACUCCACUGAAUGUGGAUUAUGAUAGUGAUGAUGACAACAAUCCGGUUGAUGGUACCCGCGCAUCCCAAGAGUCCAUCCUACCUGCGAUUUUGUUUGAUGCUUCGUUGGAUAAUAAAGAAAGGUCUAGGUUACUGGAGAAGGAGAUGAAUGAACAGGCGAAGAUUAUAAAUGACCUGAGGUCUUUGGGUGCGUCACAUGGUACCAUCGAGUUGGAGCUGAAGAAGUUUCAUAAACUCGAAGCGAUGGUUUACAAAGAUUUCCGCAUGGAUAUCAUCCAACGUCUGAGGAGACAAAGUCUAAAGGCUGCGUCCAGACAGGGUAAACUCUUGGGAGGGAAGUCGAAUAGGUCUAGGUCGUUUAUUGCUCCGAUGCCUGAGAAUCAGGGAUCACCGGAAGAACCUCAAUCUCCUUCGGGGAGUUUUGAUUCAUCUCCGAGAAGUGGACCAUCACGAUCUGCUUCUUUGAGAGCCAGGGAGCAUCAUGUUACGUUUUCAGAAGACCGGCAGUGUUCCCUACAGAGUGCUUCAUCGGAUUUAUCUCUACCAGACUGGACAGCUGAAGGUAUCCAUACGCAUGAUGAGGAAGAGGUCCAACUGAGACGUAAACCCAACUCGUAUGAAUUCUCGGAAGGUGCUGCACUCAUGGAUGAGUUGUUUACGAAUAGUCCGUACGGCGGUGGGACAUCUGGAGGUACCUCUGGGGUAGGCACAACCGCACAACAGAAACAACACGAACCCAAUAUUGACCUGGAGCUGGAUGUGAAGGUGUUCAUCAACAGCGGGAAGUGUGUUUUACACACCAAGGAUUCAGCGAGGGAUGAAGAGAUCAAGUUGAGGACUAUGAGGAAAGACCGCAGUUGUUCCGCGGGGUUGUUGGACUUUUCAGCUGCAAGUGGAGGAUCACCUGACCCUACAAGGAGGAACAAGGAUAAGUUCCUAAAUCAAUCCGGGGCUAGUAGAUUAAGAAAUACACCACAUGCUACUCUUGUAGAUUUAACCAUAUUUCAUAUUCCUGGUAUGGAUGUGAAGCUAUUAUACCAAUCCAAAGUCGCCAUAUUGGAUUCUGGACAGAAUACUCCUCUAGAACCGGAAGUAACACCGAAAAACACUAAAUAUUCAGAAGAGAUACGUAUUGAUCAAGCUUUCAAGCGACAGGAGAGCUUCCCGCAGACUGGUACAUCAGGUGGUCAUAGUCUAGAUCUGGAUCUACGAAAUUCUUCAUCGAUGCAUGGUAUCUCCAACCCGAAUUACACUCCGACUUCAUCCCGAACCAGUCUGGACUUCCCCUAUUCCAACCUGGAAGCGUAUCUGGCGGAUGUCACAAGGAGUGUGAACACACCAAGUUGUCACCAGAACAAAAAACUACAAAACGUAAAAAAGGCUUCACUCUUCGCCUGGAUGACUCUUCAAAGUGUCCCUGAAGAAACCAUAAUAAGUCCGCAUAUUCUAGAAUUCCUUGAACAAACUCUAGAACCUAUUCCUGCUAAGACUAACUUCAACACCACAGCUAGUUCCAUCCUAGCCGAAAAUGAAGAUGGUACCAAUUAUGGAAACUAUGUGUAUACUAGUUUUCCGGUCGAUGUGAUUGUCUACUUUCAUAUGCAACCCUCCACCUUCCGGUUUAGUUGUCUCCCUGUAUCCCGCGUGGAAUGUAUGCUUCAAUUGCCAUCGCUGGAUAUAGUCUUCAGUUCAAAACGAGCGGAAGAGGAGUUGUUACAGUCGGAAUUUGGUGCUGAUGGUACACCCAACACAGCCGCCACAGCAGUUGGUGGAUUAAGUGUAACCGGAUGUCUGAGUGAUUUCUCUGUUUAUAUAUUUCAUCCGUACGGUGGGAAGAAGUCAGCGUUGAAGGAAGCACAAUGGUCACCACUUUCAGACUCCGAGCGGAAAGAUUCGCUAAGUAUUAAUGUAGAGUUUGUAAAGUUUCACCUUUCGCGCAGUCGCAUGCUGGACAUGAAGCAGGAAGUCAAAGGAAAAGAUAGGAAUGUGAUUCGGUUUAGUACAAUCACAGAUAUUGGUUCGGUCUUUAAAUAUGAUAUGAGAAGGUUGACAGAGAUUCUGGCUUUCCCGAAAGCAUGGUACAGGCGUAGUAUUGUCCGCAGGAUGUUCCUGGGGGAUUUAAGCAUGACUAAUCAGUAUCAGGAUGAGGAAAACUUCAGUUCCGGACGGUCUCCGAAUAUUAAUCGGGAGAAUACCCGGCGUCCGGAUAAAUCACCGCUUUUAUCCAAAGAUAAACUGAAAUUACCACUGGAUGCAGAUGGUGGUAAUACUAAGCAUAGAUUUAAACAUGGCGGACGUACGUUUAGUCAAGAUUCACGCACGACGGAAUCGCCAUCACCUUCGGAGCAUAAAAACCAAACCGCGUGGGAAACUCUGGUUUUAUUUGCGAUUAACUUUAAAAAGUUGAAUGUGCAUAUGAAUAUGGGUAAUGUCAUGGGGAAUGUGUCAUGGCUGACGAAGGACUUCCGCAGUGAGGGGCGUUUGAGUAUUGGAUCAACGGGGCAUAAGAAUUUGUACAUUGCGAUUGGAUUGGGUGGCAGUGGGUUGGAUGCCAAGGGUGGUAUUGUUGGUGGCAACAUAGAAAUCGCUAAUAUCGACACCUAUAUUCAUAUUCGUGAGGAACCCAACCUUGAACCGGAUCAUACCGUCGGGUUAAAACUCCACGCGCUGGAACUACGCCUGGAUUACAUGGCGACAUCAGUGUUGAUGUGUCGCGUGUCCGAUCUGAAAGUAAACCUGCGUGAUGAAUGGCGUCUGUCACGCACGCAGUCUUCUUUACCGACAAGGCGUCCCGCGUCCAUUUUCAUGCACGGCGAUUUAUCCUGGGAUCAAUUGCAGAUUAUGAUGUCGAAAUCUUCUACAGCGGAUUUAUUGAAAAUGUUUAAUAAAUUAGAAGAGUUUUUUUCACAGCAGUUUAAUAGCAGUAAGCGGGCGUUUAGCGGAUUUAGUCGUGCGCCGAAGGUAACACCGCAGAAAUCCAGAGAGACGCAACGCGAACAGCAAGCAUGGACGAAUCAGAGUAGUGAUGCACGCCAUCAUAGGCAUUGGCAGAGGGUGUUGGCGCAUGUUUGCGGAUUGCAAUUGAGCACGAUGCAUUUUCCACUGCCGAAUUUCGGUACAGUAUUGGGUGGGACAAUGGAAUUGCAUGGGAAGAAUAUUUCACUGGCGUGUUUCCAUGGAAUUAACUUCAAGUCGAAGAGUUGGGCGUUGUUUAGUUUAAGGGAGCCAUGUAUUACGUUUAAUACCGAAGCGCAGGAAAUUCCAUCAAAGAACGAUUGUAAUAUUUUGGAUGUACACGUUGUGCAAACAUUGGCAUGUAGUCUUGGCUUGUCCACGUAUAAAACACAACUUCCGUCAAUGGCGGCCGUUUGUAAAAUGUCCCGAAGUGUUCUCUUCCCGCCACAGUUCAAGACUCUACAAGAAUGGUUUAAUUAUGCGUUUGCCAAUAGUACUAUCGAUGAAGUGGAUCGUUUUCCUUCCCUGGAACGUGAAAAAGACAACUCAAUGGAGCGUGGCAGUCGUGGCAGUGCUGCACAAUCAAAAAUGCAAGAUCCCAACCACAAUCGUGAAGUUAUCUUUGCUUUACCCAGUUUACAGCUACAUUUGAAGACGGAACACCUACAGACAUCAACUACACCCGAUGAAAACACCGACAAACCUAUGGUUGAGUGUUCUUUCAUUACAGAAUUCGAAGAUCAUAUCUUUGUCACUGUGGACGCGGAAGCUUUCUUUUUCUUGCAUGAUUUAGUCACGUCGUAUGUCAAAGAAAAAGAUAAACUGCUUGGCGCGUCCUCCUCAAGACUUUCUUCUGACUUACGCCCGGAUACAGCUUCCUCAUCAACAUCCACAUCAUCCGCAUCAUCUUCAUCUUCAGCUAGUAAACAAAAACAACAACUAGACGUAGACAUAUUCUCAAAGGACUGGCGCAAUUACAAUUGCAAGACAUGGCAUCUGGAGCCCACAGUGAGGUUGUUGAGCGUUGCUGGGAAAUAUAUCGAACCCUAUGGGAUUGAUUAUAUCCUGCAAAAGUUGGGAUUCUCGCAUGCGCGGACAACGAUUCCAAAAUGGAUGCAGCGUGGGUUCAUGGAUCCAUUGGACGCCAUCUUGGCUGUGUUGACACUACACAUGGUGCAGGUUGUGAAAGGUGACGGGAAUAAAAACGAAAGUAAAGAUAACAAGGAUAAAGAUAAGAUUCUAGUCGAAUUGUCGAAAACCAAACAAUAAUUCAUGCAGAAUACGUAAGUUAACCUAUAAUUAUUUAAUAAUCUUUGAUCAAAGCAAACAGAAAUGCAUUUACAGUUAAGAUUCACUCUCUGCGCGUAGAAAUUAAUCGUAAUUGAUGUUAAACUGUUAAAAUAUUAGUACUAGAUGUUAAAAAUGACAAAAACGAGCGGGUACAUGGAUAUUGAAACGAAACAUGGACUGAAUAGAUGUAGCAGAUAUUAAUUAAUAUAUUCCAAGACACACUA